CAUUACAGGUUACCGACGAUACCGUCAUGAGUACGUCAUGCACUGCAUAAAAACAUUUAACUUUUACACUGGUGUUUAACUAUAAUUACAAAAAUGCCUAAAGUGAAAAAAAGCAGACAUUAUUGGAAAGGCAGAUUAGUGAGCGAAAAAAUAUAUAAGCAGCGUGUAGCACAACAACAAAAUGGUCGUAAAUCACGCAAAAGGUUAGACGUUAGUGAUAAUGUCGAACGCGGUGCGAAUAAUGUUGAAAAUACUCAAACUACUGAAAAACCAGAAGCUUUAAAACCCGGAGAAGGCCGACGGAUUGCUGAAUUACUUUUUCUUGGAGAACAAUUAUGGUGUAAUAGUUGUAAAGAAUGUUUGUCGCUAACCAACAUUGAAAACGAACAACGUCGAGGACUUGGCUCAAUUUUAUCAAUUCGUUGCCACAAGUGUUUGUUGACAAACAUUGUUACAACUAGUAAACAACAUUCAAGCGCUAUAAACCCUGACAGUGUCAAUCGAUUCGAUAUGAACACAAAGCUUGCUCUAGGAUUAAUGGACAGUGGGAUUGGGUUUACCAAUUUCAAUAAACUGUCAGCUACUUUAAAUAUACCACAAAUAGAUUUCAAAACAUAUAAAAGGUACGAAGAUGAAGUAGGAACAGCAACAGAAAGACUUGCCAAACAAAGUUGUGAAAAAGCUACUGAGUUGGAGCGUAAAUUGAUGUUGGAGAAUCUUGAAAGUCUCAGACAACAAUUGCCUGAAAAUAUCAAUUCAUGUUUUAACAAAUCUUUGAAUCUAGAAGCUCCAGUAACUUUUCAAACAGCCGUUCAAUUAAUAGCAUCUUAUGACAUGGGAUGGAGCACUCGAGCCAAUGGAAAAAAUUAUGACAGUCUUAACGGGUACGGUGCUAUUGUUGGAUUGUACUCUCAAGCCAUAUUAGGUUUUUCAACAUGUAAUCGUAAAUGUAAAAAAUGCGACAACGGAUGCAGCCCUUUUGAUCAUGACUGCAGACUCAGCUUUUAUGGGUCCGCUAAAGCUAUGGAAGGUUAUGCUGCUAACAAAAUUGUUAAUGAAAACAGCAUAUUAAAAUCAAAGAAUGUUGAAAUAGGUAUAUUUAUAGGAGAUAAUGACAGCUCUGCGAUUGCUGCUUGUCGCCAAGGAGCUACUACGCAUCAAAUUAGUAAAUUGUCAGAUAUUAAUCAUACCUCAAAAGGAGUAAAAAAGGAGUUAUAUGGCAUUGAAAAAAAUUACCAAGAACUGAAAUCAGAUUCAAUAAAAUAUUUGCAUAGGUGUUUCACCUACGCCGUCGCACAGAACAAAGAUAAUAGUAAAAAUAUGGCUUCAGCUGUUAGGUGUAUACCGUACCACGCAUUUAACAAUCAUGACAUGUGUGGUCAAUGGUGUGAUUUUGUAAGUGACAGGGAAAACUACGACCAUAAGAUGGUUCCCGGAGGAUUGACAGAUCAAAAGCUAUUUGAAGAAUUGAAAAAUAUCUUUGACAAAUUAGCUAAUAAUGCAGAAAAAUUUUCAAUAGCUGCCUCUAGUAAUGUUAACGAAAGUUUAAACGCAAGUAUGGCUGCUAAAGCACCUAAGUCUAAAUGUUUGAGUUUAUCUGCGUCAUCUGACUACCGUUUUGCUGCUGUUGUUUGUCAAAAGAAUAUUGGUGACUGUUAUACCAGUAACAUUUGUGGCAACUUGAAAUUAUCUCCAGCAAAGAAUCACAGACAAUAUAUUGAUAAAAUAAUAAAAAAUAAAGUGAAACGAGCAUUGUUUAUUAAGACUCAAGCUUUCAAGAAAAAUAAAAUUUUAUUGCGUAAGAAGAAAUCUGCGUUGAGACAUAAAAAAGAACAACUAGAGGGAACUACAUAUCUAAGUAACUCUACUUUGCUUACUGAGCCUGCUGUGCAGGAUGCACCGUCCUUGAGCGACGACGAGGAAGGUACAUUAAAAGAAAAUUGCCAUGUUAUCUAUUUUGACUUGGAAACAAGUGGGUUGCACACCGAAUGUGAUAUUCUGCAGAUAGCUGCUAAAUGUGGUAAAAUUUCUUUCAAUGUUUAUAUUUAUCCCGUUCAAGAUAUUUCAACAGCUGCCUCUGCUAUUCAUGGCUUGAGAAAGUACGAAGGAGAUCUUAUGCUACAAAGCGAAAAAGUUCAUUCGGUUUCGCUUAGAAUCGCUAUGGGACAGUUCCUACAUUACUUAUUGUCGUUCAAUAAGAAAUGCUAUUUAGCUGCGCACAAUUUGAAUUUCGAUGGACCCAGACUAUUAAAUGCAAUAAACAAAUGUUCCUUAACUGAUGAAUUUUCGAAAGUUAUCGAAGGAUUCAUAGAUACUUUACCAGUUAUAAAAAAAUGUACUGAACGCACUGGUAAAGGUACUUGUACCAUUACAAGUCUUGCUAAUUGGCUAAAUAUUUCUUCUUUGAAUGCUCAUGACGCUACCAAAGAUGUUGCAAUUUUAAAAAAAAUUAUUAAAAAACUAGCAAUAAGUUAUGAUCAUCUAGUCAAUUGUGGUCAUAGUUAUGUGCAAAUCACUGAUAAAUGGUUAGAUGAUGCUCGAGUAAGAAGAUUAUUGCCCACACUAAACCCACUUCUAAAUGUUGUUGGCAAUGAAAUUAAGAAAAAGCUAAUAAGGGCAAACAUUACAAUUGAACUCUUGAAAACUACUCAUUCAAGUUCUGGAAUAACAGGAGUUUUUGAUUUACUUAGUGAAAAAAUAAAUAAUAAGCCUAUUGUAACGGCUCACAAGCCGACAAUAAAAAAAAUUGUUGACUGGUUAGAAAGUUGAAGGUGUAACGGUACUUAAAAAAUUUAAUUUUAUAAUGUGUUUUAUUGUUCAAUAGUAUUAAAUUUAAAUUGUAAUUUAAAAAGUGAUGUGAAAAUUACACAAAUUAUU